UUUAUCAUAUUAUUCGUUCCUAAGAAAUAAAAGUACGCAUUAUCGAUAAUGAGGAUAGAUUAUUCUGAUCUGUUGCAACUCUUGCAAUCAUGCGCAUGUAAGCAGUGGCGCAAUCUACAAGAGACAGCACGAUAUUUAAUAUCAUAGUUUCAAUGAAGGAACAAAUAACUUUCAUUAACCGAGAGAACGUUUCAUAUCACAACAAUCGAUUAUAAACUGAUAAAUCGUAUACUUCUAACUGAAACCCAUUAUCAGUUUCCCAAUAUCAUAAAUUUUAUCAAAGAUUCGAAAACGUGAUAAUUAAUAAAAACAUAGUUAUUAUUAAGCUGAAUUUUUCCUGUUCAAAGUUAGUGUGUGUGUGUAUAAGUGAAGCUCAAAAAUGUCUAUUUCGGAACAGGAAAUGCUGUAUACUCCCAGCAAAUGGAGCAAGAGAUUUAAUCGUAACAAUAUGCAAUUAUUAUCGCACUACUAUAAAUUCGCUAAAAAUAUUGCCGAUGAUGCUCGCAAAAAUUUAAAAUGCGAAUUAAAUAUUCCAUACGGAACAACAGAACGAACCAAAUAUGAUAUAUAUGGAACUGAUUUACCUAAAAAUUCCCCCAUAUUUAUAUUCAUUCACGGUGGUUAUUGGCAAGAAGGUAGCAAGGACUUGGCUGCAUUUGCAGCUCCUGUUUUUGUUAAUAAAGGAAUUAAAGUUAUAACCAUUGGCUAUGAUUUGUGUCCUAAUGUCAAAUUUGGGGAUAUAAUAUCGCAAAUAAAAAUAGCAAUUGAACAUAUAUUAAAGUAUGCUUCGGGACUCGAAUGUCGGAAUGUUUGGAUCUCUGGUCAUAGCGCUGGUGCACAUUUAGCCUCAAGCAUUUUAUAUGAUUCAUUAUGGCUAGAUAAAAUGAUGAAAAGAAAAUACUUAAAUCUAUUAAAAGGCAUUGUGUUAAUAGGAGGCGUUUAUAAUUUGAAUCCUUUACUCGAUACAAAUAUUGUUACACCUUUGAAAUUUUCAAAAGAUGAAAUCAAAUCAUAUAGCUUUACUACUCUUGAUACCAAAAAUAACAUACCUAUCCAAGGGUUGAGAAUUAUUGUAACUGUUGGAGAAUGUGAUUCGCCAGGACUCAUCACUGAAUCACGCGAGUGUGCUCAGCAACUCAUUACAAUGGUAGAUAAUGUUCAUUAUGUAUUUCUUCGAGAAAAUAUUGACCAUUUCGAUAUCGUGGAAAAACUUACAAAUGAAGAAUUUAUCUUAACGAAAAUAAUACUAAAUAAUAUCUUCUGCGAAUAAAAAAGAAUAAUUUGUAAAAGAUAAGUAAUAACAUACAACUUUAAUGUAAUGAAAUAAAUUUAUAACAUUUAACAUAUAAAAA